CACAGCAGCAGUAUACAGCACUUUCACUUUGAGAGGGCACUGAGAGAGAGAGUGGGGCUGCAGGGAGAGGGAGCAGACACAAGAGCAGGCCACAUCUAUUAACUCGUUUCCAGGCAGCGGCACCGGGACAAAUAAGGCUCUUCGGGCAGAUAUAGGUCAGUACAUAGAAAGAACGAAAACGAAAAAGGAUAAAGUACACAAACUAACAAAGGCCUGUCUGGAGAAGGAAGGAUCCACUCUCUCCAAGUAGGAAAACCAAAAGUAGGAGCGCAGGAUGGCGUGAGAAGAUUACUCAGGACUUUUUGGAAAGUACCAAAGGAAUAUUCAGAACUUGUGCAAGAGAUGAGAAGAAGAUCGAAAAUGAAGAUAUGAAGAAGGAGGGACAUACUGUGUAAAAGACCCUCUGAAACCACACACAGAAGUGAACUUGCCUUUGACAGCCGUACACAGAACAGCCUGUCUGCAGUGUUUGCUGUCAACCAGAGAAAUGGAGAAGCGCCCAUUCUCACAAAGAUAAAAAGGAUGUCACUACCAGUUUUGCUCUUUCUAUCAUUGUGGACUGCUCAAUGUGGAGGCUGUGGCUCUGACCUGGGAGGUGUAAAAAACAUUAAAACUACUAUCGACAUGAAUGCAAAGGGGUUUCGAUCAGUGUUUCCUAAGGAUUACUAUGUUAAGCAUCACUACACAAGUAGCAUCCUCUGUGACAAUGACCCGUGCUGUGUGUUCCCAGCUGCCAUCGUCCUCCUAGAUUCGUGGCAUGUGUUGAUCAAAAACCUGUAUGACGAACACAUAAAUCGCUCCUUAAUCAGAGAUCUAAAACAGACACUGGAAAAGAUUAUCAAGAGCAACAGAAACACAGAGAGGUUUCAAGAGGACACAGACUUGAAUUUACUUUCUGACCACACUUCACGUCCAGAGGAGCUCCUCAAUCUCACUUCCGAGCUGUUUUCCCGUUGGAUCAAGGUCAGAUGUAAUUCCUCCAUUGAAAGCUGCAGUCUUCCCACUCUGCCACCUGCAACAGAGAGAAAGGACUUUGAGCGCACCAGAGCCAGACUCUUGACCACUCGAGGUGUCGACGAAUGGGACAGUCUUGAUGGGGAGUGGAUAAUGAAUGCUACGCAACUGAUGUCCAGCGGGGGCAGACUAUCCGUGCCAUACUCUGUGUCCAUCUGCAGCCCUCUGCUCUUCAGGCUCUACUGGUGGCUGAUUUCCUGAGUGAUGCUAUAGGAAAAAUGCAAACAGAAUGCAACAAAAUGCAAGGAACAGCACUGAGAGAUUGUUGGAUGAUUGUAUGUUUGGUAGGAAGCUUUUUUUUAAUCUGAGAUGGCAGGUACACACUGUCACAAUAAAUUGGGUUCAUGUGACAAGGUUUAACAUUUAGCUGGAGAACAGGUCAGAAUUCUAUGGUAGAGUUUGCUCUUUUGCUGUCAGAUUGCAGAUUUCUUGCAGACUUGGCUUGCGGUUUAUGUCUCUGUACUUACCGGGCCUAUUCAUGUGAAACAAAAAUACACGUCUUUUCUGUGGGUGCAAAUCUGACAUCAUCUUUUCACACUAUUUUCAAAAUGUGUUUCCAUUAUUCAACCCCACAAACGUCACUGUUGUCAGCUGAAAGGACUUAAAGCAGUGGGAUUACUAUGACAAGUUUAUAUAGUCACUCCUUAACAAUAGUUUGGAUGUUUCUUUCAAAAACAGCUAAUCUACCAUAGAGUUAUAUAGGCUCCUGUCCUCCAUCUGAAAUUAUGACAAAUUGUAGAAUAUGAACGCAACUUAUUCACUAUCAAGCCAUGUUCAUAACAGAUACCAGAUGAUAACCUAGCUAUUUUCAGCCUGUUUUCAAUACAAGCUUCAGCUACAGCCAGGCUCUGCUCUUUAUGCUAACAGAGAUUUAAACAGUGCACACAACAAGCCAUGUCUAUUUCUGUUUACAAAGAAUGUUUUGUAUGAUGUAAAGUAUUAUUGUCCUUUAUAUAAAUAAUUCUAAGUUAAAUCA